CGGCAUUUCACUCUAGUGAAACUGUAUAAUGAGUUUUACUUUUUGAGUAGGAUUGCUGAAAAAAAAUCCACAUUUUUAAAUGUUGUUCUAAUUAUAGAGAUGCACUUGUACGUCUUUUUUUUAAGAGCACAUUAAUCUUUUUGCUCACCCUGAAGGUCAUGGCUGCUUAAUCCCACUUUGAGACCCCCCUGCAGUGAAAUAAAUGGAUUUUGCAAGGAUAGAAAACCAAAUAUAUACCUUGGAUGAAACUGCAGCUUCCACUUAGGACAACAGACAACUGAAAGCAACUUGCCUUUUUGUGUAUGGACAAGCUUAUCUUGCGCAGAGUAUAGCGAUGAAGUUCUGUGUGCUGUGGCUGCUGAUUUUGGCAACAUCGGUGGAAGUGAUCUGUCAGCACUGGUCUUAUGGACUGAACCCUGGAGGGAAAAGAGAGCUGCACCCUUUCAACCAGCAAACCAAUGUACCGGUGGUUCGUGGCUUUCAACAUCUGGGCAAGCCUUGCAGAGUCCUGGCAUGUGGAGACUUGUCACCUUUUGCCAAACUUUGCAGGAUGAAAGAAUUUCAUGGAAAUACUGCUGGUAGACAAUAUGGACAAAGAACGUUUAAAACAAAAUAAUGCGGUUGUAUAAUAAACAAUCUGUUACAAA